AUGGCCAUGCAGCGGAGUUUGGCGGAAGAUGAUGCUGACGCGCUGAGCAUCAUUGAACGCACGUGCUCCAUCUUCUCCCUCCUGGGUUGUGUUUUCAUCAUUGUGACAUUUACCUCGUCCAAGGCCUUCCGCAAGCCAAUCAAUCGUCUUGUCUUCUAUGCAUCCAUCGGAAAUGCUAUCACUAAUGUUGCCACGAUGAUGGCCCGCUCCUACAUCCACGCCCCGGACUCGUUUGGCUGUCAGUUUCAGGCUUUUCUAAUUCAAAUGUUCAUGGGUGCAGAUGUGCUCUGGAUCCUGUCCAUGGCCAUUAAUGUAUACCUGACGUUUUACUACAAGUUUGACGCCGAACGCUUACGCAAGAUGGAGAUCCUGUACUUUCUCUGCUGUUAUGGGAUCCCCCUAGUUCCGGCCUUGACCUACAUUUUUGUUAGGGACGGGAAUGGUCACAGAGUCUACGGCAACGCGGGCAUCUGGUGCUGGGUUACAGCAGAGUGGGAGAUCUGGCGUAUCCUAACCUUCUACGGGCCCAUCUGGUUCGUCCUCUUUAUCACCUUUUUCAUCUACAUCCGCACGGGAGGCGACAUCUACCGGAAACGUCAGCAGUUACGCGACUUCGACAACCACGGGACCGAUGGACUGGCCCCAUUCAACGAACUGUUUGUGCCCGUGAAGACAACUGAAGUCCACAUCACCACCGAGGCCGCCAUUCGCCGACCAGCCGAUGCCGCCGCCUCGCUGCAACCAGGCCCCCACCGCCCGCACCGCCCGCACCGGGGUGAACCGGAGGCGGCGCCGGGACCCGACAACUCCGACGCGAUCUACUCGGUGAGCAUCACGGCGAACCCGAACCCCAAGGACAGCCCGCCCGAAGAGACCGCCGUCCCCGUGGCCCCGACCAUCACCCACUCCUCCACCGGUCCCGCCGGGUCCGGCACCAGCACAGGCACCGGCACUGGCACGGGCACCGUGGCGGCGCCGGCGGUCGCGGCCCGCCGCCGCCACUACGAGGCGAACAGCGCGGCCUGGCACUACGCCAAGUGCGCGUUCCUGUUCUUCGCGGCCAUCCUCAUCACGUGGAUCCCGUCCAGCGCGAACCGCGUGUACUCGAUGGUCCACGGCAGCUCGUCGGGCACGCCGCUCGAGUACAUGAGCGCGUUCGUGCUUCCGCUGCAGGGGUUCUGGAACGCCAUCAUCUACGUCGCCACCUCGUGGUCGGCGUGCAAGGUGUUCUUCGCCGACUUGUGGGCCUGGCGCCGGCCGGCGGGGCAGCAGAGGGCCGGGCUGCGCCGGGGGACGGAGGCGUACAAGCUUACGAGCCGGGAUCGCGCCAAUGCCGCCAAGAGCUACGAGAGUGAGAGCACGACGGAGCUUGCCAAUACCAGUGGGAGCAGAUCAGUGUCGCAUGAGCAGUGA